CUCCGACUCCCAUCACCUUAUCGCCAGUUUGAGUAAUACCAACAACUGUUGUCUAUGAUACAUAAACACCGCGUAGAAGCUCGCUAAUCACCAACUAAUCGUGUUACCUUUGCAACUUACAACCACCCAGCACUCGGCAAAGCUACCCCUCCAACCACCGUUGAGACCUGAAUCUUCCCAACACGUAGGGACCCGCUUCUUCUCGGCGUCUUAACUUUUUCAACUAGACAGGUGAAUCCACAUUGACCUCAUACUGACCCACGGCCAAAUAUCUCUUCGGACCUUCGCAUCCAGCUGCGAUUACCUCCAGCCUCCACUUACCACCUCAACUUCAACCUGCACCCCUCACCCCGCCUAAUACCCCAAUCAACAAUACCCAGACUCACAACAUGGCGCCCACCGAGAUCCCGCCGCCCCUCGAUGGCAAGAAGAGGCGCAUUGGAGUCAUGACAAGCGGAGGUGACGCGCCCGGUAUGAACGGAGCAGUACGCGCUGUGGUGCGCAUGGCGAUUCACAACAACUGCGAGGCCUUUGCUAUAUACGAGGGCUACGAUGGUCUGGUCAAGGGCGGAGACAUGAUCAAGGAGAUGCACUGGGAAGAUGUCAGAGGCUUCCUGUCAGAGGGUGGUACUCUCAUUGGCACAGCACGAUGCAUGGAGUUCAUGCAGCGUGAAGGCCGCCGGACGGCCGCGAAGAAUAUGAUCAUCAAGGGUAUCGAUGCGCUAAUCAUCUGCGGUGGUGACGGUUCCCUCACAGGUGCUGACAAGUUCCGCGCGGAGUGGCCGGAGCUGCUGAAGGAGCUGGUGCAAGAGAAGCAGCUCACACAGGAGCAGGUUGAGCCCUUCAAGCACCUGAACAUUGUCGGUCUAGUCGGCUCCAUCGACAACGAUCUUUCCAUGACCGACGCUACCAUCGGCUGCUACACCUCGCUCGCACGUAUCUGCGAAGCCAUCGACUCGGUCGACACCACCGCCGUCAGCCACCAGCGUGCUUUCGUUAUCGAAGUUAUGGGCCGACACUGCGGUUGGCUCGCACUCAGCGCCGGUGUCGCAACAGGCGCAGACUUUGUCUUUACACCCGAGAACCCACCAAGCGAUGGCUGGCAAGAACAGAUGUGCAAACAGAUCAAGAAGCAGAGACAGAUGGGCAAGCGGAAGACCAUUGUCGUUGUCGCCGAGGGUGCCAUCGAUCGCAACCUGAACAAGAUCACUUCAGAACAGGUCAAGGACAUUCUGUCGAAGGAGGCGAAGCUCGACACACGAGUGACAACUCUCGGACACGUUCAACGUGGAGGUACGCCUUGCGCCUACGACCGUAUGCUUGCGACACUUCAGGGUGUUGAGGCUGUCAAGGCAGUUUUGGAGGCUACCCCCGACACCCCCAGCCCAGUCAUCUGUAUGCAAGAGAACAAGAUUGUCCGACGACCACUCCUCGAGGCUGUUGCACAAACCAAGGAGGUCGCUGUAGCCAUCGAGAACAAGAACUUCCAUAGGGCCAUGCAACUCCGUGACACCGAGUUCGAGCAACAAUAUCAGGCCUACCAGAUCACCACCGCACAAGAUCAGCCCGACCUACUUUUACCAGAGAACAAGCGCAUGCGCGUCGGUAUUAUUCAUGUCGGAGCCCCAGCUGGAGGUAUGAACGCAGCGACCCGUGCUGCGGUUGCACACUGCAUCGCCCGCGGCCACACACCAGUCGCGCUUCACAAUGGUUUCCCUGGUAUAAUCCGCCAUCACUCCGAUGAGCCAGUAGGUGCAGUGCGAGACAUCAAGUGGAUUGAUGCCGAGACCUGGGCCUCCAAGGGUGGUUCUGAGAUUGGAACAAACCGCGGGCUCCCUAGUGAGGAUCUCGAGACUGUUGCAUUCGUCUUCAAGAAGUUCAACAUUCAGUCUCUGUUCGUUGUUGGUGGUUUCGAAGCUUUCACAGCUGUUUCGGAGCUGAGGAAAGCACGAGAGUACUACAAGUCUUUCAAGAUUCCUAUGGUCAUCAUCCCUGCCACCAUCUCGAACAACGUCCCCGGAACAGAGUACUCUAUCGGUUCCGAUACUUGCCUGAACGCGCUCAUCCAAUACUCAGAUGCUUGCCGUCAAUCGGCAUCAGCGUCUCGGCGCCGUGUCUUCGUCAUUGAGACUCAAGGUGGAGAGUCAGGCUACAUCGCAACCGUCGCCGGUCUCAGCAUCGGAGCAUUGGCCGUAUAUACACCCGAAGACGGCAUCAACCUCAAGAUGCUCGACCGCGACAUCGACCACCUCCGCGAGGUCUUCAAGAAGGACAAGGGUAUCAGCAGGUCUGGUAAGGUAAUCUUAGUCAACGAGAAGGCAUCCAAGACCUACUCCGUGCAAAUCAUCGCCCAAAUGAUCGCGGAAGCCGGCCAAGGCAAAUUCGAAUCCCGCCACGGAGUACCCGGCCACUUCCAACAAGGCACCAUCCCCUCCCCCAUGGAUCGCGUCCGAGCCGUCAGGUUCGCCAUCAAGGCCAUGCAACAUCUCGAAAACUACGCCGGCAUGGAUCCCGACGAGAUCGAAGACGACUCCAUGUCCAUCAGCGUCAUCGGUAUCAAGGGCAGCAAGCUUCUCUUUUCUCCCAUGGAGCAAGUGGAGAAGAGGGAGACGGAGUGGCACCGCCGCCGCCCCAAGCAUGAGUUCUGGAUGGCGCUCAAGGAGACGGUCGAUACGUUGAGUGGCAGACCUCAGGCGCCUGUUAACCCGGCGGAUAUCGAUACGUUGGCUGGACGGCCUAGAGCUACGAGCAAGGCUUACGGCUAUUAGGAGGUGUGGGCGUGGGAUUUGGAGAAUGCGAGGAAGAGUUUAUGAUUAUGAAGUAUGGUUUGUGUAGAUAGAUGGAUAUGGCCUUUCCUAUGAUAACGAAAUGACUUUGAAAUGAUACAU